UUUCUACGAACCACAUGUAGUGAAAGAACUUGAAGCUUAUCACGAUAAGGUUUUAGGUAGGUACAUAACAAGCGUAGGUGGUGUCAUCAGAUUUAUUUGGUUGAUCUUACUGAAAACCAACUGAACUAAGGCCCACUUAAAUCUGCUGGCAUUUGUUAAUAUUGUAUCUACUAGGGGAUUUGAUACAAUAUGUUAAAAUAAAAAAACUAACUGUGGUAAAUGGUUUUAAUCAUCAUCUUCGUUACGAUUAUCGUAGUAUAACAGUACGGAAUCUAAAAAUUGUGCAGGAGGCAACUGACUACCCUGAUGCCGUGCCCAACGAAGAUACCAUAUUAUGCUCAUGGUGUGGGCACAGCAACCAACCGUUCUUUUGCCAACGAUACAUGUGCAAUAAUAUUGGAUUAUAGCAUCCCUUCCACUUAAAGAGCUGUCAAACAAUAUAUACACAAAAUAAAUUGUUGUGCUAAUAUGCCUGGAUUUUAUUCUACCUCUUAAUAUCCAGGUUGAGUCUGAUGUUGACAGCUCUUGUAGGGCAAUGUCCAACUCUCUACACACUUCUAUGACAUAUGAGUCAUUUUCCCUCACAAACUCCCCAUAGUAAGAACGGGCCUGUUUGAUUUGGUAUGGGCCCAAGGAGACAAGAAUAAGCUCGCUGUAUGUUAAAUUAGGGAACUCACUAACAUUAUCUCUACUUAUAUCUAUUGAUUGGAACUGCGCCCUACGACGAUUUACAUUAUUCCUAAUCACAUAGUUACUUAGUUACAUAAGUCACAUAGUUACUUAAGCUGUUUUCCACAUACAUGUACUGAUUAAUUUUUUGAAUAAUUUCCUGAGCAUCACUACGAUUUGCAACAGGUGGGUGGAAAGCAUUUAUUAAGGCAGCAGCCACUUCAAAGUGUACCAUUAUAUUUUUUGACGCUCAAUUAAAAAAAUGUUGGCGAAAAAUCUUAAAAUCUCGCUUAAAUCUGCCAUUAACAACUUCUACAACCCAUCUACAUAUUGUAACUAUUCGCGAUUUAUUUGCUUCGAGGGUUGAGAGUUGGGAUUCACCCUGUUGCAAAGAAGAUGGUACAUAUGUCCUAUAGCCACAUUCAUUGAGUGAGGGCAAGGCAUCCCGGAAGCCCCUGUCCAAUAUAAAUGAAUCUCCAGAUUCAAAGUACUGUCUGAGAACAGAUGCAUUUGUAAAUUCUUUAUUAAUUAUUUCAGCAUCUGAAAUUGUCGAUGGAUAGGGGCCCCAAACAUCAAUUAUGUAUGUACAAACAAACAAAAAUGGUUUAACUAGAGUUAUGUCGGCGUAACCUACAAGACCUCCAUAAACAACGCGAUAACAACCGUCACAUGAACCAUCCCUUGUUUUAGGAAGCCAUAAGAUAACAUCUAAUGACACAAAGCCCCGUUGUACAUUACUAUCACACCAUUGUUACGUGAUAGCAACCGUCACAUGAAGCAUCCCUUGUUUUAGGAAACCAUAGAGAUAACAUUUAAUGAUACAAAGCUCCUCUGUACAUUACUAACACACCAUUGUUUAGCUUAAGAGUAUAUAUAAGCAUUAGUUAUAAUAAUAAAAUCAGUCUUAAACCAUCCUCCGUGUUGUUCACUUGCUUUUUAAAAAGCCUCUCGCCCCUGCCCGCUACCCAACUGUCGCAGUCGGUAACUCGUGAAAAAUCGGUACGGUCCAGAAGAAUCAUUCUAAAGCAUCGUCUCCACAUCCUCGAGCAAAGAACCUUCAGCGGGCAGCAUACGGCAGCAGAAGCAGAGAGGUCCAGCAACACCGUCAAGAGCAACAACGGGAGACGAGAGUCACCAUCGCCUUUUAUCGGCAAUGCUUGUGUAGUAAGUGUAAAUUCCACUUAUUUCCCGAGAAAAACCUCCCUUUAUCCCACAUUUCAGACACCAAUAGACCCUCUGGGUACUUGUCCUGUACAGUGGUGAACCUUCGAUAGAAUUCUUAACCGUAAUUACAGUCAUUUAUUAAAAUGGCAAGCGGCAGUAAGGCAGGCAACGAAUCGUUAGUCGAAGAGAAGGUUGCAAUCGAAAUUGCAUACCCUACUUUAUCAAUGCUAUUACCUACGUAUGAUGGUAAUAGAAAAACACUUAGUUUUUAUAUCGAAGGUGUAGAGAAUGCACUUGAUUUAAUAGCAAACAAAACGGAUCCUAGCAUAGCAUGCUUAAUCCGAAACAAAUUAACGGGUAAAGCCGUUGAAGCACUGUCGCAGAGCGGCGGCGCAAAAACAUGGCCUGAAAUUAAGGCUACACUUAUAAAAAGGUUCGGUGAAUUCCGAACCGAAAUACAGUUAGUCCAAGAGCUCAUGACAUCAACUAGGGAUAACCUAUCACUAGAAGCCUUCGGUGACAAAAUUCGUCACCUAGCGAGCACCCUCAUCCUGAUUGACCCAAAUAAACGUGAAUAUUACGAACAAAUGGCUCUAAUAGCCUUCUUGGAAAAAUUAAAUCCUAUAACAGCGAUCAUUAUAAAGCUGAAAAACAUCGAAAACCUAGAGGAAGCUAUAAUAAUAGCUAAACAGGAGGAAUUUAAGCUCCGAGCAAAAAAAUCGUUAAAUAAAGAAAUGAUAAAACCCUCCACCUCUAACGUAAUACCGCAAAGAUUUAAUCAAAAUAAGAGGGAACUACUCAACAAAAAUAAACCCUCUUAUACAGAAAAUCCCAAAAGAAAAAUGGUUCACUACCAAAAUGAGGCAAUAACCGACGAGGAACUUGCCGACAUCCUAGAAUUAAAUGAAGACUGCGAUGACGAGGACACGCAGCAGGAAAAUUUUCAAAUAGAUUCAGAAAACGAAAACAUAAAGUAGUUUUCAUGAACAAUGUCAAAACUUACACAA